UGUCCUGCGAACAUCACUGGAAGAAUAGGAGCAUUACUAAAGAGACUUGAAUUUGAAAGCUAUGUUAUAGAUAAAUAAAUGUGAUCUCUGUUACAUGGAGCAAUGCUGAAAUUCCAAGAGGCUAUUAAACAUAUCAGUGAUUCUGCACCUAUUUCCACUUCCUCUGAAACCUUGAUUGCAAGAAGAUAUGUUCUUCAGCAGAAACUUGGCAGAGGAAGCUUUGGAACGGUCUAUCUGGUUUCAGACAAGAAGGCAAAACAAGGAGAAGAAUUAAAGGUUCUGAAGGAAAUCUCUGUUGGAGACCUCAAGCCCAAUGAAACAGUUGAAGCAAAUCUAGAAGCACAACUACUCUCCAAGCUAGAUCACCCAGCCAUUGUCAAGUUUUAUGCAAGCUUUGUGGAACAAGAGAGUUUCUGCAUCAUCACUGAAUACUGUGAGGGUCGAGAUCUAGACUGCAAAAUUCAAGAAUACAAAGAAGCCGGGAAAAUAUUCACCGAAAGCCAGAUAAUAGAAUGGUUUAUACAAUUGUUGCUUGGAGUCAACUAUAUGCAUGAAAGGCGAAUACUUCACAGGGAUUUAAAAGCCAAGAAUAUUUUUUUGAAAAAUAACCUUCUUAAAAUUGGGGACUUUGGAGUUUCUUGUCUCUUGAUGGGAUCAUGUGAUCUGGCAACUACAUUUACUGGGACACCUUACUACAUGAGCCCAGAGGCACUGAAACAUCAAGGUUAUGACACAAAAUCUGACAUUUGGUCACUGGGAUGCAUUUUGUAUGAGAUGUGCUGUCUGGAUCAUGCAUUUACUGGACACAAUUUUUUGUCUAUUGUGCUAAAAAUCGUGGAAGGCAACACACCUUCUCUUCCUGACAGAUAUCCAAGUAAACUGAACGCAGUCCUCCACAGCAUGCUGAACAAGAAUCCUUCUCUGAGGCCAUCUGCAGCCGAGAUUCUAAAAAUCCCCUACAUUGAUGAACAAUUACAGCAGAAUGUCAAAUGCAAAUUCACAAAUAUGGCUCUGAAAGACAAGACAUUUAAUUGUCAGAAAGAAGCUGCUCGCAUCGUUAAUGCUGUGCAGAAAAAAAUCCAUUUGCAAACUCUGCGGGAACUGUCUGAGGUGCAGAAAAUGACUCCACGAGAGCGAAUGAGGUUGCGGAAGUUAAAUGCUGCAGAUGAGAAAGCAAAGAAGCUUAAACAACUAGCAGAAGAAAAAUAUCAAGAAAAUCUCAAAAGAAUGCAAGAACUGAGGUCCCGUAACUUUCAGCAAUUGAGUAUAGAUGUGCUUCAUGAAUCUGAUGAGCAGACUUCAAAGCAUCUGAUUCAGUCUCAGCCAGUCACUGCACUGGACUACAUAUCCAUAGGACAUAAAGAACAAAGUGAGAAUGAGACACCGGGCAGGCUCUGUAUGUCUGAGCCUGUGGAGCACGGAGAGGCAUGUUAUAGCCGGGACAGGGACAGUGCAAGUUUCCAACCCAUAUGUGUCAACUGUGAUCUGUAAGGAAUUGCUUCGAGGACCAAAAUAGUUCAGUCUUCAUGCUUAUUCAUUCAUUGGCCUCUCUGCUGAUACUUCCAACUAGGGGCUAGUUGUAGUGGUGGAUUUUGUGAUGUGGGUGCCUCUCCACUGAGAACAGGACUGAAACAACCAAACACCAAAUCUAACUGAAGAGAUGUAAUUUUUGAAGUCAGUGGGUUUUGGAUCAAGCCCAUAAAGUGUAAAAAUAAAAAAGGUAGCAUGUAUAUGAAGUGUUCAUGUAAAUAAUAUAUGAACUAGGGGUAUAUCUGAAAAGUUCAAAGAUUUUAAUUAAAUUAUAAACCACUUCUGUGAUGUACUAACUUCACAAAGUCUGACCCGUGUGGUUAAUGAGAGUGACAUGUUGACUGUGAAUUACAGCCUCUUAAAACAGUGUAUUUGUUAGAUAUCUCUAUUUAUGUAAUAUUUAUAUGCAAAUGUAUACAUUAAAUGUAUUAAUACUGAAAACUACUGAGAGUACUUUCCAUUCGUUGCUCUUGGUUUAAGUGUUAACUUUUUAUUUAGAUAUAUCAAAAAACCUAAAAUGGGAACAUCAAAAUUGCUUUUAAAAAAUG